GGCCCUUAGUAGAAUUUCAUAUUGUUCUUCUUCUUAUAUUAAUACAAGAAAUACAGUUGAUAGUGCUAAUAACGGGAAGCCAGUGACAAGAUCGCAUACUCGAGGAUCGAAUCCUAACAUGAUGCAGGACCUUGUUCACAGUGAAUUCAACGCACGUUUAUCGCAGGAAUUUCCUCGGAACAAUUGGCUCGAACAGAAAAUUCAGUUAAUGUCAGGUGUUGAACUGAAAAAUGUAGAAUUGGGCUCAAAGAACGAGAAUAAACCAUCCAAAGUUAAAGAUAAAAUUGAUAAGCUGAAACCGGACGAUAAACUCAAAACUGAGUCACAUUCAGGCAAUCAGAAUGAAAACGCUCAAAGUAAGGCAGAUGAAGGGUUGGAUAAGUCGACCAAGUGUCUACAAAAGGAGGACAAAAAAGUACCGAGUAAAGAAUAUUCAAAGCCUGAAAACAAGAGUAAGGUUGACCAAAGUCAAAAUGAGGCUGACCCUGCUGAUGUGAAAUCUCAGAAUGAGGCUGAAACUCAGAGUGAGGCUAAAGAAGCAGAAGAUGGUGGUGACCUUGACAUUGAAAAAGAGGUACAAAGGGCUAUGGCUGAGAUGGAUGAUGAGAUGCCGAGUGGGGCAAAAACCCCUUCGACAGAAUCUAUGAGAGAUUCCAGUGCAUCCCCAAACGGUAUAAAGCAGUCUUUUAAACAGUACAAUGGGGACAAUCUUAAAACUGAGCGAUCUCAAAUGAAUGCUCAAGCUGUAACAUACAGACCUAACUCAAAUACAACAAUAGAUGAUAGGGACAUGUCCAAGACUGCUGAAUCCCAAAAAUGUUUUAUGAAUAACAAAAUUCCUGGACAUUGCUCAAAGCUUUAUAAAGCUAAAACUGUGGAGUUAGCUACAUCUGAAUCCAUGGAGAAUAUUCAAACUGUGGAGUGUGUACCUAGUGAUGAUUCUCAAGAUAAGCCAAUGAGUAAUGACAUUAAUGAGGCUCGUCAGACUGUAGUGCCUUGUAAAACUGUCAACGCUUGCCAGAAUGAAGAUGCUUGCCAUGUUGCGGAGAAUGAUGAAGUUGAGACACAAACCAGUCAAAAUUCAAUUGCUACAGAUGAUAAGCCUGUAGAUAAAGCAGUGAGCAGUAUCAAUUUGGAUAAUGUCGAUUCAAGACUUACGAAAACGAGUCCUUGUGCUAAUCCUGCACACUCCUUACCUCAGCCAUGUGAACUGGGACAAGGGCAAAAUCAACCUAUUCAAGAUUCCCAACUGCAAGGAGACGUAAACCUUGAUUCCAAAAUGGAGAAAAUGUCUUGCCAACCAGAGACGCCACAAAUCAGCCAAGUGGAGUCGAAUACUUGCCAAGUGGAGCCAAUUCAUUGCCAAGUGGAUAAGUCAGUAUACAAUAAUGUUAAGUUAAGAGAUAGUAAUGACAUUAAAGGACAUGAACAGGAAAACCCUGUCAAUGCUCAUUGUAUUCAUAGAUCUGAAGAGCCAGUUGCGACAACUGAAAACAUGCAGGAAAACUCAUCUCACGGCAAUAUAGUGCAUAUAGAUGAUAAUAAACAUAUGGAGCCUGGAAGUCAUGGUAACACUAAUAAUGAUAAUGUUGAUGUAGCAAAAUCUAAAACUGCAACUGCGAGUCAUACAGAAGACAUAGUAGAUUUAGGCAAGAUUCCUCAAGGUUCUGUACAGUCAAGCCCUAGGCCUCAGAGCUCUAUACCUCCACGUCCAAUGUCUGCAGAAUCUAAUCCCUCUGGUCCUGUCCAUUUGGAACUAGCUAGCGUCACUGCAAGAUCCAGUCCAGGCCCGCUCAACCUCAGCGUCAAGUCAGUAAAAAAUGGUGGGGCAACCAGUACAGUCCGUCCUAAGCCUCUGCAGAAAGUCCAGCCACAAGUUCAACAGACAGGAAUUGGAGAGCAUCUCUCUCAAUAUACAAAUGAUACCCUACAUCACUUAAAGGCCCAAGAGAAAUGUUUCUCCCCAGGGGCCCCUAUAAAGCCUGUGAGGACCCACCCUGAUGGCACUCAACCUCCCCCUCCCAUCCCUCACCUCAUCCCCAUUCAAGAUAAUCUAGGUUCAGUGAAGGGUCAGAGUUUUCACAACAUUCACAAUCAAAGAGAAUAUUUGAAGCAACCUGAAAUUGAAAACAGUAUAGCUUUUCCUGCAGGGUCAUCUGUACAGUACCAGAUGCCGUUUCGACCACAGGCUCGGUUUAGUAGACUCCCUGGUGAUCCCAAGAACUGGUCUAAAGUUGCUCCCUCCCCUGAUUCAAUCAGGUCUCCUCCUCCACCAUAUCACCCCCUUAUGGGAAACCUUCCUGAUGUUCCACGACAAAAGGAUGAAUCGUGUAUCAAUCCUUUUGAGGUUCCACCAAGGCCAACCAUGACACCACAGACAUCAAGGCAUGAAUACAGUGCCUUUCAUACACCUACAGUGGCUGUACAAGAAAGACCUACCAGUGCAACACACCCUGCUGCUAAGUACCAUGUACCUAUGAAUCAAAAUCAACAGGUAUCACCUUCUCCAGAUCCCACAGUCCAACAUGGUGUUCCUAAUAGUCAACUGAGGCCCAUGAACAGGUUAGAAUUUCUUGAAUCUGAAUAUGAGAGACAUCAAAGAGAGAUUCAGAUCAUUCAGGAGUUGACGGCCAAGAAAGAGAAAGAAAAAGAAGAAUUGGUACAAAAGCAGACCCAGAUGAAAAUGUUGCUAGGCUCCAUUGAGGCAUUACGACGCCAGGCAUAUGACAUCACAAUGGACGUUCCACAUGAUCCUGUAGAUCCACAAAGCCAGAGGCAAACAAAUAAUGCAUCAAUAAGACCCUUUGUUGCUUCCAUGAAUGUUGGAAGUGACCCUAACAUUAGGCCUGGAAAUAGUAGGGAUAUAAACCAUAUGGGGCUACCCAAACCAUUACAGACUGUUGGAAGAAAACCUUUUAUUGGUGUGGAAAUGGAUCAGAAGAACCAGCCACAGACUAAGGCUGUUUUAAAUACAAAAAGAAUGCAUAGCCCAGAGUUUAAAUAUUCAAAUCAAAGUUCAGUUCACAACAACAAACAUUCUUCAUAUACAAAUCCCAGACCUUCCUCAUAUGGUAAUACAACUCCUUCAACAUACCUUAAUACAAGUCCACCAAUACGUAGAGCUUCGACAUCUCCAUUGUACAAAAGCACCAGUCCUGCUGUACAUAACAACUACACACCUUCCAUGAAGUCUGCCAAGGUGCCCCCGCCUGCACAUAAUAACACUCACCAAUCAAACACUUUGGUAAAUGUUGAUCAUAGGCCUCCACUUGCUCAUUCAACUCCGUAUAUGCUUUCAAAUAAUUCUAGUCAAAAAAAGGAAGAAUAUGGUAACACCAAAGUAUCAACCUGUGUUCAAGGACCCCUUCACAACACAAAACUGACAAGCCGUGAACACUCUGACAAUGAGUCAAUGAUUAAAAACACAGCUGAAACUAAUCUUCACGCAGAGGUAAACAAGUGUAUUGAAAAUGCAAUAAGAAAUUCUUUCCAAGAAGGGCCUAAACCAAAAAGCUCAGAACUGGUAGUUGCAAAAUCACCAGAUGUUCAUUCCAUCUCCACCCAUUCUAUUCAAAAGAUUCAUAACACUGUUGUCACAGAAACUCUAGGUCCUAAGAUUGCAACACAUCCGAAAAAGAAAUAUACUGCUGAUUACUUACAGGCAGAAAAAGCCAAAUUAGAUACCAUGGUAACCUCAAUGACAUCAUCACAGGUUAUUUUUAACACAUCAUUUGCUCAAUCCUCUAUCACAUCUGCCAGUAGUGCCUCGGAUAACAUUAGUAUGACACAAAACAAAGCAAAUGUCAGUCAUGACACAGUAGAUAAACAUAUAAAUGAGUCACCAGAUAAUGGUACAAGAUCACAUAAUGCAAAAAAUGACCAAAGUUACACAAUAGAAAGAAAAGAGAAUGGAGCAGAGGGAUCUGAAACAAGAGCAGAGAAAAGUGAGACAGUUGAUCUUGUGAAUUGUGAAAAUGUAGCUGUGGAUGAACAUACAAGUAGUCCUGUUAAAUUAACAUUGGAAAAGAUUAAUGAUUGUUCAACAGCUCCUUCAACCGGCAUAGGUUCAACUGUUUCUCCAACUAUGACAUCUGUAUGUAUCCUAUCUUCUGGAAAUAUGCCCAUAUCACAGAACAGUACCAUUGUAACUGUUUCAGCUUUUAAUGGUACACCCACAAGUGCGACUGUUGCAAACGUCCAACCUUCAAAACCAGAUAUAGUUGCACUUACCCCCGACCAAAACACAAGUGGACAAUCUGCCUAUGUGCUACCAGAUUUGGCAGGAACAACUAUAUCAAAUGUCUCAUUCCAAAAGGUGGGAAGAAAGACUCCUGAGCUGACUUCAGCAACUCCAAAUGUGUCUUUAGUGUCCACUUCAGUCUCAUCAAAUUCUGGGGCAGCUUAUUCAGUUGCUGUUGACAAAGUGAAUUCAGUGACAACUGACCCAACAAAGCCCAAUAGUGAACCUCAAUACAAUGUGCAACAUGUACCAAUACAUGAGAAUAAAAGGUCAGUGGACACCAAUAUAGAAAAUGUUGCUGAGCAGGUCCAUAAUAAAAAAAAGUUACCAGAUAUGAUUGAUUUAACAGUUGUUCCUAGUCCAAAGGUAAACAUUAAAGUGCCUUCAGAGAAAUGUGCACAAAGGAGAAAUUCUUCACAGAAUAUUACUUCUAUGGAGCAUCAACAAAUCCAGUUUAACCCAGCAAAUGAUAUGCAAAGACCUAGGCCAAGAUCUCAUGAUGAAAAUUUGGUAAUGCUUCCACGGUCUGAAAAGAACAUGAGAUCCAAUACUGAUCCAAACUUCAUGAUGACUAGCUCUGGUGAGGGUCUCAGAAUGAGAGCUCCAAUAGCUAAUAACAAGGGUCCGAGGUUUUUACAGUCACAAGUAAUAAACAUGUCCCCUCAGAGAAUGCCUGGUCCCCCUCGUGGACAGCCCCUUAUGCAGGGACACCCAUCAGCUGUACAGAUGUAUGCCAUGCCUCCGAGUCACCCUAAUCUAAAGAGGAAGUUUGUAGAUGUUAUUGAAAGCCAGAACUGUGUGAAUGAGAAAUAUUUUCCAAUGGAGUUAACUGAAGCAAAGCGAAGAAAGGCUGAGAUACUAGAGAAACAGAAAGUAGAGGCCCAGAAAAGGAAAGAGCUGCAGAAGCAACAGCAAAUGAUGGAACACCAAAAGCAACAUAUGAUGGAACAGCAUAAACAGCAGCAAAUGUUUGAGCAACAAGCGCAAAGGAUGAUAGAGCACCAUAAACAGCAAGUAAUUGAACAGAAAAAACAACAUUUGAUGGAACAACAGAAAAUGCAACAUAUGAAGCAUAUGCAAACUAUGGAGAAUGCUACAAAGGUAAAUAGACCACCCCAAGGCAUGAUUCAAAUGGUGCCAAUAUCACAAAAAUCCAGUCAGAUGAUACCCAGUCAACAUCACCGAUUCUACACCAAUGAGUUGAUUAGCCCACAGAGUAUGCCAAGUCCACAGCCAGUAAUACAUAUGUCGCAAGGGUCUAAAUCCCAAGCACAGCCAGGAACUCAUCCAUAUUUUAGUCAAGUACCUAGUCAACAUGGCCACAUGAGUCCUUUUGGUCCUACUAUUUCAACUGCUGAUGGUGUUAUCCAUUCAUCCCAAGAAGUGGCCAGUAAUGAUUCUCCAACUGUAAUGCAUGGUACAGGGCCACCUGGUAUGAUUCACGGUCCAGGGCCCCAUGGUGUAAUGCAUGGUUCCGGGCCACAGGGAAAUAUGCAUGCAUCAAGGCCACAUGGUUUUAUCCAUGGUCCAAGGCCACAGGGUCUUAUGCAUAGUCCUGGGGUACAGGGGGUUAUGCAUGGUCCUGGGCCACAGGGUGUCAUGCACAGUCCUGGCUCACAGACUGUUGUACAACAUUCCCCCACUGGUAUGCCACAGCAUGUCUCUCCUGGAAGAAUGAACCACAUGAAUCAAGGUCAAGGAUACUUACAGCAACAAAAUCUUGCAAGGUCUAGGGGACGACCAUAUCCUCAGCAUAUGCAAAAUGGAAGGGAUAAUGAUGACCUUAAUGGACAACCAACUCCUGAGAAGAUAAUGAGGGGUCCACAUCUCAUGGAAAUGCAGCAACAGCCUAGGACUAUGCUAUCUCCUAAAAAGCCUACCCAGGUGAAUCUAUCAUCUGGAUAUCAUCAUAAUAAUCCUAGAAAUAUGCUGUCCAGUGAGAUUAUACAUGAGCCUAUGAAUCAACAGGUGUUGGAUACAAGAAGGGAGCUUCAUCAGCAGAUGGUUCUAAGACAAAAUCAAGCUAGCUUCCCAAAUGAAGGCAAUAGAGAUAUUGCCAAGAGACAUUCAACAGAAGAUAUCCCCGAAGCCUUCAUCUUGCCGCAAGGCGGGAAUAAACAGCGCCAGCAAGAGACCUAUAGACAGAUGCUCCCCACACUGCCACAAAUGAACCAGCAUUGGCAGACUGCCCCUAUGCAAGGCUUCUCUCCAGGGAAACCCCAAGAACAUCAACAAAUGCUAUACAAACAACAGACUAGCCCUAGAGGUUAUCCUCAGCCCAAUCAAGGUCAUCCUGAAGGUCAUCACCAUAGAAGUCAUGACAAGCAAGAACCAGCUUACCUCCAGAGAAUGAUAAUUCCAGCAGAAAAAUUGUAUACUCCAAAAGAUGGAAAUCUCGUGUUGAUGAGCGAAUCAGACAUUGUGGCAGGGAGCAAGAUGUGUAGUAUAUGUGGACGUGAGGCAACCUUCCUCUGUAGCGGGUGCAAGAAAAUGUGGUACUGCAGCAUCAAAUGUCAAAUGGCUGCAUGGGAAAACACUGCUCAGAAUGCUGCUAACUGACAUAUAUUGUACGUAUGUUAUUAUGGAAACGCCUCAGAAUACUGCUAAAUGACAUGUGUUGUAUGUACAUUGUUAUGGAAAUGAAGGGUGAAAACAUUUUCAACCAGUUAUGGAAUUUAGGACUCAACCUUCCUUUUUGUUAGAAAAUUGGAAUGGAAAGGAAAAACUUGCUAUCGAAAGAAAACACAGAUGAGACGCUAAUGAUAUCUGCUUCAGAAUUACUGCUUCCUGAAAAUUAAGGUUACAUGUAAAUGUACAACUUAAAUUAGGAUUCUGACUCUGAGUUCAUUAGAUUGUGUAGUCUUUAAUAAUAUAAUUACAAAUUCUCAGUUAAAAGAUUUGCAAUGAACAAGAACCUUUCUGCCUUAUACAAACAUGUUCCUGAUGUGUGGGUUACAGAGAUUGACGUCAUUAGGAGUGGCAGAGAAUGAUAAUUUAUGUCUGUAAUGUUCAGCAUGUCUCUAUCUGAUGUACAGUAGACACUUGAUAUGCACAAUGAAACAAUGAUUUACUGUAUAUGGGAAGGCCAACUUUAUUGCAUACUUUAACUUUAUAUAUGUUUAUAUCAUAUAUGUACGAUGGGUGAUUCAAAAGAAAUUUUGUCCAUUACUUUUGAAUCACAUCUCAUAUGUCAAGAUACAGCCUCGGCCUUGCUGUCAUGUAUUAACAAUCUGCGUGU